CUCUUGCUGAUUGGGAACGCAUACCGAAGCCAAACUGGCCAGGCACCACAGCUCCAGACAUCGGUCCCCAGUGGAGCAGCAGCUACUGCAGGCCAGGGGUGUGUUGUUUGACUCCCCAAGCAGGGGAGGAGAUAGUGACAAUUUUUAUUUAGGCUGAACACAAGGCGUAUUUAACUAGUUAUAUAACAGUGACCCUGGUCUGUCUUGGCUGGGUGCAGGGAGGAUAUAGGGGUACUGAUUCCUGUCACACCGGCUGGGUGGAUUCAAGCACUAGGAGCUAUUGACCAAAGUUAUUUUCAGAAACCUUAAGUGCAGGUUUCCCUGCUUGUACCCUGGACUGUUUUAUCAGGAGGCAUUUCCCGCUUGUGAACUGAACCACCAGUGAGAGUGGAUUUAGUGCUCACUGGGCUGCAGAGAUAACGAGUUGUCGGGAGUGACUGGAAACUUUUGUCCUGAAGACCCGGAGACAAGAAUAGCAGAAAGGCUGAGAGCGUGUGGCCCCAUUGAGCAAGUGCUGGGACAGAGUCGCAGGCAGAGGUUUUGCCUCAGCGCACUGAGCAGCAUGUUACUCUUGGAUGAGUCUCAGCAGUUUCCAGACCAACCCCAGGAAGCAGAGUUCAGCAGUGACCAUGUUGAACAUGCAGAGGAUGGAGAAUGGCAGUGCUCUACUUCAACUACCUCAUCUCAGAGUGAGCGGGCAGAGCGACUCUUGCAGAACCAGCACAAGAGCCUGGCCUCUGAGGACACCAAGAAGAAGAGGGCUCAGAAACCAUCUCACAUGCGGAGGAACAUAAGAAAGCUGUUGCGUGAGGACCAAUUGGAAGCCGUGACAAAAGCAGCCCAGCAGGAAGAGUUGGAGAGAAGGAAACGGCUAGAGCAACAGCGUAAGGAUUAUCCAGCCACUAUUCCAACCGUACCCCUAGAGUUUCUUCCUGAGGACAUCGUUUUCAGAACAGCAGAGGCCACCCAGCUUCCUCCUCAGGUCCUGGCUGAGGAUGUGAUCUGCCUAGAUAGUACCAGCAGUGGCAGUGAAGAUGAUGCUAAAGUGAAAAACAGCAUUAAAGAUGAAGUGAUUGAGCUAAGUUCAGGAGAGGAUGAUGCCCUCCAAAUUGUGGACAGCAGUGACUCUGGCAAUGAAGGGGAAGAGGAUGGCAGUGAAGAGAGCAGUGGCUCUCAUGUGAAUGAUGCCUUAAAUCAGUCAGAUGCUCUGGGGCAAGUCAUUGUCAACAUCAAUCACCCACCAAAUGAGGAGGACAUUUUCCUGGCUCCUCAGCUUGCACAUGCAGUAAAGCCCCAUCAGAUUGGGGGGAUCCGAUUCCUGUAUGACAACUUGGUUGAGUCCUUGGAGAGAUUUAAAACCAGCAGUGGGUUUGGGUGUAUUUUAGCACACAGCAUGGGCCUGGGCAAGACCAUACAAGUCAUCUCUUUCUUGGAUGUACUUUUUCGGCACACAGAGGCAAAGACUGUUCUUGCCAUUGUACCUGUGAAUACGCUCCAAAACUGGCUAGCAGAAUUCAAUAUGUGGCUCCCAGCUCCUGAAAACCUUCCUGCUGAUUAUAACUCCAAAGAGGUCCAGCCCCGCACCUUCAAAGUCCACAUCCUGAAUGAUGAACACAAAACAACAGCUGCACGUGCAAAGGUGGUGAAUGACUGGGUGACAGAGGGUGGUGUGCUGCUGAUGGGAUACGAGAUGUACCGUCUCCUCUCACUGAAGAAGUCCUUUGCCACUGGCAGGAAGAAGAAAACAAAGAAACAAGCUGGCCCUGUCAUUAUUGACUUAGAUGAGGAAGACAGGCAGCAAGAGCUUCUGAAAGGGAUUGAGAAAGCUUUGUCUCGCCCUGGCCCAGAUGUGGUUAUUUGUGAUGAGGGACACCGGAUAAAGAACUGCCAUGCCAGUACUUCGCAGGCCCUGAAGAACAUCCGCUCUCGCCGGCGAGUGGUGCUGACUGGCUACCCACUCCAGAACAACCUCAUUGAGUAUUGGUGCAUGGUAGACUUUGUCCGACCUGACUUUCUAGGCUCACGGCAGGAAUUCAGCAACAUGUUUGAGCGCCCUAUCCUGAAUGGGCAGUGUAUUGACAGCACCCCUCAAGAUGUUCGUCUCAUGAGGUAUCGCAGUCAUGUCCUGCAUAGCCUGCUGGAAGGCUUUGUGCAGCGGAGAGGCCACAAUGUGCUGAAGGUUCAGCUCCCAUCUAAGGAAGAACAUGUUAUUUUGGUACGUCUUUCAAAGAUCCAGCGGGCCCUUUAUACGGAGUUCAUGAACCGUUUCCGAGAUGCAGGCAACAGUGGCUGGCUGGGACUGAACCCACUCAAAGCUUUCUGUGUCUGUUGUAAGAUCUGGAACCAUCCAGAUGUGUUGUAUGAAGCUCUGCAGAAGGAAAAUCUGGCAAAUGAGCAGGAUUUGGAUGUGGAUGACCUUGGCACAGCAAGUACUAAUUCCCGCUGCCAGCCUCAGGGAAUUAAAGUCAAAACAGAGAGUAACGCUUUGGCAUCAUCAGUUGGAGAAGCUACCAAUAGCAAGUUCCUGCAGAGUGUUGGCUUCAACCCCUUUCAGGAGAGAGCAAAUCAGGUCGUUACUUAUGAGUGGGCCAAAGACAUCUUGUGUGAUUACCAGACAGGAGUCUUGGAGAACUCACCCAAGAUGGUGUUACUGUUCCAUGUAAUUGAGGAAAGUGUGAAGCUUGGAGACAAGAUCUUGGUCUUCAGCCAGAGCUUGUCCACCCUAUCUGUCAUUGAAGAAUUUUUGGCAAAGAGACCAAUGCCAAGUCCUCCAGGCUCAGAUGGAAGUGUUCACAACUGGGUCCGAAACAUCAACUAUUACAGACUGGAUGGCAGCACCUCUGCCUCGGAAAGGGAAAGACUGAUUAACCAGUUCAAUGACCCCAGCAACACCUCUGUUUGGCUCUUCCUUUUGUCCACACGUGCUGGGUGUUUGGGCGUCAACCUCAUUGGAGCAAACAGAGUGGUGGUGUUUGAUGCUUCUUGGAAUCCAUGCCAUGAUGCCCAGGCUGUGUGCCGAGUGUACCGCUACGGGCAGAAGAAGCCAUGCCACAUUUACAGAUUGGUUUCUGAUUACACCCUUGAGAAGAAGAUCUAUGACCGUCAGAUCUCCAAGCAGGGCAUGUCAGAUCGGGUGGUGGAUGAUCUGAACCCAGUGCUGAACUUCACCCGACGGGAGGUGGAGAACCUGCUGCAUUUUGUGGAAGAGGAAUCUGAUCCUGCUCAGCUCUCCCUCAAUCCAAGCAAGAUGAGAGAGUCUGUUCUACAGUUAGCCUGUCUCAAGUAUCCUCACCUCAUCACCAAGGAGCCUUUUCAGCAUGAGUCACUGCUGAUCGACCGGAAGGAGCACAAGCUUACCAAGGCAGAGAAGAAAGCAGCCAAGAAGAGCUAUGAGGAGGAAAAGCGAGCAUCCGUCCCCUACACCCGGCCGUCCUACGCACAGUAUUACCCAGCCAGUGACCAGAGUCUGACGAGCAUCCCUGCCUUUAGCCAGAGGAACUGGCGACCAGCCCUCAAGGGUGAGGACAAGCCGGUGGCAAGUGUCCGCCCAGUUCAAUCCACCCCCAUUCCUAUGAUGCCCCGGCAUGUCCCCAUGGGCAGUGGAGGAUCAGCCUCAAGUUCCAACCCUGCCAUCAACUUCCCCAUCAACUAUCUACAGCGAGCUGGUGUCUUUGUGCAGAAGAUUGUCACCACCACAGAUAUUGUGAUUCCGGGUACAAACACAUCCACUGAUGUACAGGCAAGAAUCAGUGCUGGUGAGAGCAUCCAUGUCAUCCGAGGGACAAAAGGGACGUAUAUCCGGACCAGUGACGGGCGGAUUUUUGCUAUCCGGACCACUGGGAAGCCAAAGGGCAAUGAAGACCGUCGGACAGCUGUCUCAGGCUCCCAGAGCUCAUCACUGGAGUCCGCAAGCAAUGGCAGACACAGUGCCUCAUCACCGCAGCUCCCAAGCGCAGAGGAGCUCACUCGGCCCAUAUCCCCUGACAGCCCCGAGAUCAUCAGCGAGCUGCAGCAGUAUGCAGAGGCAGCAGCUGCACGGGAGUCCCGGCACAGCUCUCCCACCACUAAUGCAGCACAAGGCCAUGCUGCUUGCACUGACAACGCACCUGGCUUAGCAGCCCGAGGAGCCGAGCAGUGUGGUGGGACUCACUGCAUGGCUCCCUCUGUGUCUUCAGCCCUGCCGGCCACCAGCCAACACGACGAUGCCCACUCAGUGUUGGACUUACGGGGCAACAAGCGCAAGUCAACCUCACCAUCGGCUCCAGAGGAGCAAGCCCGCAGGCAGCAGAAGAAGCGCCAGUUGCCAUCAUCCGUGCAGCCGUACGAACACGGGUACCCCGUCUCUGGUGGGUUCGCCAUGCCUCCUGUCUCUUUAAACCACAGCCUAACCCAUCCAUUUGCCUCCCAACCAGGAAACUCCUUGUACAUGGGCACUGGCUCCUCUUAUUACCAGCUGCCCAAUUUACUCUCAGACCCUCAUCUGGUGUUCCCUGUGACUACUGACCCUCUGCUGACAGCCGGCACCGCCAGCUCUUCUGCUGCUACCUCAGCCACCGCCAGUGUCCCCUCAUUCAUGCUAAACCCUUCUCUGACAGGGGUGCUGCCCAAUUACUCGCUUCCCUUCACGCAGUCACUCCUGCCCGAGUCCAGAAUGUUUGCUCCUUUCCCAGCCCCUGUCUUGCCUAGCAGCCUUCCCAGGAGCAUGGCAUCUGCCUACCCUGGCUACAUGUCCCCUCACUCGGGCUACCCGGCUGGGGGCCUUCUUCGGCCCCAGGUGCCUCAGUUUGAACCCCAGGAGGUCCCAGAGGUGGGAUGCAGCUCUAAUGAUGAGGACAAAGAUGAUGAUGUUAUAGAGAUCACAGGGAAAUAACGGGCCCAGCUUCUGCUCAGCUCGGCCGGGAGGCAAAAAUUGCAGGACCUUUUUGGGAGUCAGGAUUUCCCCUCUGGGCCAUGGCAAUGGGUGGAGAAGGAUGUGAAGGGUGCGGUGUGGGCGUGGUUUUGUUGUUUUUUAGCUGUCAAGGAUCUGAAUUGUAUUAGGAGCAGGGAGAGGGGAGAGGGAUUGAGUGGACCUGUGAGGGCUGGAGGAGCGAGUCAGUGGAGGAGGGAAGCAGCAAUGCAAACAGUAGGAGUGCCUCCCUCCCACGCUCGCUCUGUCUGUCUCUGUUCUCUGUCUUGUCUGGAAGGGGGAGGCUUAGUGGUGCGAGUCACUGCCCUUCUCAGGCCUGGAGGCAUGGGCUUCACCACUGGCAGGGCUGAGCAUCCUCUCACACAAACUGCCUUAUCUGUGAACUUCUCUCACUCCGGGAUGUGUUGGCCGGGGAGGCAACUCCAGCAGAGGUUGGGGACAAAGCGUUUUUACUGGGGAGGGAUCGGGGUGGGGAGGGCUUCUAUGUCGUGUAUGUUGGGGUGGGGGUGGGCAGGAUUGUGGUUAAAAAAAAAAAGAAAAAAGAAACAGAACACCCCACAAACAGUUUGUCAUCCUCUUCAAAUUCACAUGAAACUAGUGUGAGGGCUCUAGGCAGGUUCCUGCCACAGUGAGGAGGGCAGGGCUCUGGUGGCGUGUUCCCCUGGGCCCUUCUGGAGGGUCCCAUCCAAGGUAGGUUAGUCCUGUGGUUCUGAUGCCAGCACUGUGAGCCAGAUGAGUGGAGCAAUCCCAGACAUCUUGGUGGCCGUUGGAAGGGGAAUCCUGGUGACUUCCCCAGCUCUGCGGCCCUGCCAGUCUGUGUGAAGGCCACAUUUCAUCCCAUCGUGGCCCACCAGAUCUGGGGGUAGGUGGGCUCACUGCUGCUUCUCCACUGCACCAGGCAGUGGAGAAGGUUGGGAGGAGAUGCUGGACCCAGUGCCAGUUGCUGUUGAAUCUGUGAUUGGAGUGAUUUCCCCCUGCACAGAAUCUCUACAUUAAUUUAUUUCGUGAAGGCAUAAUAUUUAUUGUUUGGGAGACACUUUCUUUCUACUUCUAAAUUAAUUUCCAUAUUAAAAAAAUAAAAUGCUGGCCUCUGUCAUGCAGUGGUUGCUUGUUGGGUUGUCUGUGUGGGGAGAAGCAGCUGGUUGACCAAAACAUAGCCUAGAAGUAGGGCCAGCAGCAGAGCUGACCUGUGUUGAGUUGGCUAGAAGUGCCCCACUGGGGGAUAAUGCCAGAGCAGGGAGGACCUGCUCUGGGUGUUCUGCAGCAGCCGGAGGGAGGAUGAAGUCCUCUUGUCAUGUUGGGGCAGGUGGAGGAGCACAUGUGGAAGCCUCCUGUGCUCAUUUUCAGUGAGGAGGAGGGUUGUGAGGCAUGUGGGGUUGGGACGGCAGAGCUCCUGCCAGGGAAGCUCCUUUCCCCAUGGAGGGAGUGGCACUCAGCCCAGCCCUGCUCUGCAACAUGCGUGCAGAGGCUGGCCCUAGCCCCAGCAGCAAACAUGCUGGCUGCUUGCCUUGGUGCCAGGGCUCCGAAGGAGGGGCUGGGCUAACCAAGCACAGCUGGACUUGGUGAGCGUGACUGUGUGUGUGAACAUGUUAGGAUGGAGACUUGAAAUGUGGAAACCUGUGUUACAUCUGGAUGUCCCAGGCAGGAGCUGUGCUCACCUGUGGGGGAUGUCCCUGGAAUGUGGCUGGGACCUUGGAACAGUGGUAGCUUGUAGGGGACUUCUUGGGCUGUGGAAGCUGCAGUCGCUGGUAUUUGCUGGGACUAGCUCGGUGUAGGAAAGGGCAGGAUGUCCUGACAUCCUCCAUCAAAAGGGUGCUGGAAGAUGGGGACCUCCCUUCCUGAGAGAGAGCGGGGUGUGUGCACGCGUGUUACAAAAACAAAAUAAAAAAUGUCAUGGGGCUUUUCUAGUGUCUUUCUCUGUUUAAUGGACAUUGUCUGUCAAACAUAACCACACCAUUCAUAGAAGCCUUAGAUCAACAGUUUAGCUAUGCAAGUUAUUUUAAUUAUUUUUUUAACAAAACCAAACAUUAAAAUAGUGCUUUCUUCUUUAACAUAUCCUAGGAGUUGAAAACCGAGGGGUUCUGAGCAAACUGCUGGACAACUUGUCUUUGGAUGCACCAUGGAAAUAAAAAUCAAACCCCCCCACAAAAGUAACAAAGCAAAUUAACUGAUGGUGUUCAUGCAAGUUUCUCCAAAGACUUGACAGUGCUGCGUCUGUGAGUCAUGCCCUCCUGUGCUCUGUGUGUCCACCUCAUGCACAACCCUGUGACACUGAUUGUAUGACAAGCUUGCCCAGAUGUCCGUUGCAUCCCUGUGAGGCUGUCAGUUUUCCUGUGGAUUUGGGGAAUGGACCUAGUCAAGGGCUUUGCUUUUUGAGAGUAGCAAACAUUGAGACCUGUGCACACAUGGGGGAGGUGGGAGUGUGAACAGACCUUGACCAGAGUCCUGCUGCAGCCCCAGUCCUCACUGGUGGUGGUCAGGGUAGUGGGGUUCAUCCAAGGGACUCUCCCGAGUCCUCUUGGAACGGGAUUUUUCUGUGGCUCUGUGCUGGAAUGAGGCAUGAAGAUUUGGCUGGGGGCAGUCUGCACUGUAGCUCUGGAUGUGGACCCUGUCACUGCACGCCAUUUUUUUCUGCUCCUUGCAUCUCCAGGAGAGCACCUGGGGCUUCCUGAGCAGGCCCCGGCACAUUCCUAUGCUGCUGUCCACUGUCCUCCUUGGGUUCCCCAGCAUAGCCCAAGCCAUGUGGCCAUAGCAACUGGAGUCAGCAGGUGCUCAGCUUCCGCAGGGCAUGUGCUUUGUGCCACAGGUUGGCCAUAACUUCCUGGGACCAGUGUGAGGUGUGAGGGCUCUCCCAGCUCCUGCAUGGCUGUGGUGGCUUGGAGACCACUCACUGCCCCUCCGUGGGGUGGCUGCCCCUGGAUGCGACCUGCUGCAAGGAGCUGCUUCUCGCUGGCAAACAUCCAUGGGUCUGGGCAGCUGCAGCAUGGUGUUCCUGCUCAGCAAGUGCACAAGUGGAUCCCCAGCCACCCUCCCUGAGCACGGCAGGGCAGUGCGGCAGCUCUCUGCUCCAUGUACCAGCCCUGAGCACCCCCUUAAUGAGGGGCCGUGUCCCCUGGGCCCUGUCUGAGCCUCAGCUGAGAGGUGGUCGCAGAGAUAACUGUGACGCCCUGACCAUGGGGCUCUCCUGGGGAUGGGCAGCAACUGGGGCUGCUCUAAGGUGUGGCCGGAGGCACCCACUGUCCUGCAGUGGGACUUUCCCCACCCCAGCUGCAAAAGCAUGUGGGUAAUCCAGGGUAACCCUACUUUCUGAGUGGGGGACCUCCCUGUGCCCUAAAACUCCUCUCCUGUGGGACUCCCUCUUCCCCUCAUCUUCCCUCCCCAGGCUUUUCACCUCUUCAGCAGGUGCUUCUGCUGCAGAGGGCCCGGUCUUGGUUUUCCUGAGCCUGUAACAGUGGCUUUCCUUGCAGGGGUUAGUUUUUUCUUGCUCUGCUGCAGAAGGUCCCCUCUUAGUUUUCCUGAGCCUGGAACAGGGGCUUUCCCUGCAUGGGUUAAAUUUUUCUUUGCUGCUGAAUUUCUGUUUCUAAAUGACUGGAUAGAAGUAGCUGCCAGUUGGCGCCAGGGCUGCGGGUGACACUGAGAACAGCAGUGCAGGACACUCUGCUGAGUUUUUUGGACACUAAGGUAGAUUUCUGAGCACAACCCAGAGGCUGGGGCAGAGCCGCAGGGCCCUUGGGUGGGUCAGCUGCCUUCCAUGUUGGCACCCAGCCCUCAGCCCUUCUCUUAGGUGGGAGGUUUCCAGUCCUGGGGACAGUUUGGCAAAGGCUGCGUACUGCUGUAGGACAUGAUGGCACAGGGAGGGCUGUGGCUACUGUGUGCCCUGGUCUCAGGGGUCUUGUUGCCUGCCUGCUAGUGCGGCUUUUGGGGCAUCGUGGGAGGCUGCAGGGUGGGGGCAACACAGCCCAGCCUGGCCUGUGGAGGAUCCACUACACGUUUCCCCAUGCACCCCUCCAAAUGCCUGGGAGGUUGGUGGGGUGGAUGCAGGUACUCACAGAAAGCAAAUAUUCUGGCAAGCAAAGGAUGGGAUUUCCAUGGGGCUUCCCUAGAAAUUAUGUAUAUUUUGGCUUAAUGAUAGCAGCAAAUGGUGGAAUGCAAGAGAAUUGCUGUUGGUUUGUGGAUGGCUUCCAGGCCAAAUGGGACAAGUACAGCAACUACCUUCACAGCUGGUGUUUCUCACCACUCUGGGAUGAAUUUAGUCUUGGAAGGACCGGGGUGGAGGGCAGGGCAGGGGGCAGAGAUUAAAAGGGGAGCAUAGUCUAGCUAGGUUACAGCGGGGAUGAUGGCUCCCUGCAACUCUAGUAGAGCAACCACUCCCUUCAGAGGGAUGACAGUGCAAGAGCAACCUCUGCCACCUCCUGGCCCACCACUGCCACCUGUGGCUGCACUGCUGCUUUGUGGUUCCCACCUUGGUGGCACAGGGCACAGAGCUGGAGGCUCUGGCAGAUCCACAAGAGCCUGAAGGGAUCCAUUGCUGAGUCUCAUUUUGGAUUUUAUGUUGUUUUGGGGUUCGGGUUGGGUUUUUUUUUCUUUUCUUUUUUACUACGACCUUAGUUUGUGGCCUGUCUUUUUGUGGUUGGAAAGGAGAGUAUCGCUAGCAGGGUGGGUCCAUCGGUUGGCCCAACGCAUGAUCAUGUGCUUCCCUCCUCUCUGUUGAACGGGGUGUGCUCGCCUGAUCUCCCAGAGCAGAGACUUUGAACAAUUUGUUGUUUAUAUGAUGUAUUUAUUUUUACUUGUGUUUCAUGUCAUUUUUAAAAAAAAAAAUAAAUUGUAAGUUGGUAUAACU